CGGGAGCCGAUGGAACGAGGGCAGAUCGGCUUCAAGCAAGUCCACCGGAAGUACAUACACACUACGAUUUUCAUCGCGUUUUUUUACAAAGCAUCAUCGUCGCCAUGAAAGCACUACCGUUGGCGGUCCUCUUCUGGCUGGCGGCGCUGCUUUUGGGAACCAGCAACGCGCAAUUCAACGACGACUGCAUUUAUUACCAGGACCUGGCGCCUUCCGAAAAUUACUACAUCUACAAUCCCCAGUACCCAAAUGGAUACGUCGGACUGCAAUCAUGCUUGUUCACGAUGCAGAGCGAUUACAUGGUCGACAUCAACUGCACUCUCGAAAUGCCAUGGAGUUUGAACUGUAUCGAGGACCAGUUAAUAAUUGGACUCAGCAACACCAUGCAGUACAGCUAUUGCGGCUCAGGCACCGUUGUCCACAGGUCCAAAGGACAAAGGCUGACAGUGGAAUUCAAAUCACCGGCCUGGUCUAGAGGUGGCAGGUUCCUUUGCCAGGUCAUGGCGACCGUUGCUGCGAAGGACGAGAACUGUACUUGCGGUUGGAAGAAUCCUACCAGAAUCGUGGGUGGCACCGAGACAGGCGUAAACGAGUUCCCCAUGAUGGCCGCUCUGGUGGACUUCAAUACCAAAAUGCCGUUCUGCGGGGGUACAAUAAUUGAUAAUAAUUAUCUGCUGACCGCUGCCCACUGUACUCUUCACAGAAACAUCACGGAGUACGGUGUAUUGAUCGGUGAUCAUGAUUACACUACGGGCGCCGAGACUAAUUCUAGCAAGGUGUACGGAAUCAAACGGGUAAUUGUUCAUCCGAAUUACAGUUCGAGCCUCAAGAUAAACGACGUAGCCAUUCUAGGGCUCAAAGGAACGAUUCAGUACACGCAGAAAGUUGGCCCGGCCUGCUUGCCGUUCGAACACUCGGACGACUCUUUCGGAGGCGACCACGUUCAAGCGAUAGGCUGGGGAUCCAAGGAAUACGGCGAGGGACCGUCGACGACCCUCCAGAAGGUCACGCUCAGCGUGGAAACGAAUCUCGAGUGUCGAAAGGUCUACCAGGACGUGACCAAAAAUCAGAUCUGCACUUAUGGCAACGGGAAAGAUGCUUGCGGGAUGGACAGCGGCGGGCCGAUUCUAUGGGAAAACCCCACGUCCCACAAUAUGUUGCUCAUAGGUGUGAUUAAUUAUGGGAUCAAUUGCGCGGUAACAAGCGGCGUGAAUUUAAGAGUGGGCGCCUACGUCGAAUGGAUCGUGGCGUCGACCCCAGAUGCCAAUUACUGCGUCAUCGAAUGAACGGAACGUGAUCGAAAACGCGGCAAGCCGUGCCAGUAAUUCCGCUGACGGUACGGUCCGUGUUCUUCGACUGAAGCGAAUUCUCCGGUGGAAUCGACAGCGCAUUGCUCAAACGGCGGAACAGUACAAACGUGAUUUAGCGAUGUAUAUAUGUAUAUUAUAUAUACAUAUAUAAUGAUAUAUAUAUAUAUCAUUAUCAUUAGGAGGAACGUCUCCAUUUGCUCAACAUCCGCGUGUAAUAGCGUACGGAUUACGUAAACAACGGGCACACCGCGUGUGCGCCGCGUUCAGUCUCGGCUAUUCAGUAUUCAAAUAAUGGAUAGACUGUAUUCAAAGAACCGUCGACUGUUUUCAAAGAAGAACCGAGACUAUGGGGUGGGUACGGUGAGAAGGCAGAAGAGACUGUCGCGAAUUCGGACACUUCUCUCUGUGAUUCUCAAAUAUAUCUAUAUAUCUGUACAUGCACGUGCAAUACACAUAGAGUACAAACCA